AUGGAGUCCAGCAAGUUCCCUCUGCACGAGGCCGCCCGAGAGGGCAGGAUCCAAGUUGCCGAGUCGCUUCUCAACGCUAACCCCAAAUCUGCUGUUACUAAAGAUGACGACGAACGUCUCCCGAUCCAUUGGGCUGUAGCUUACAAUCGACUCCCUAUCGUGGAGUUACUUGUUGCCCACAAGAACUUUGAUCCCGAUGUUGAAGAUGGCUCCGGCUGGACGCCACUGAUGAUUGCUGCCAGCCUCCGGGACGCCGCAGGUGACCCUAUCAUCGACCUCCUGCUAAAAAAGGGAGCCGAUGUGAACGUGAAGAGUACCACGGGACAGGUAAUUGGGCAGAAUGCUUUACACUUUGCCAGUUCCAAGGCCAACAUUUCAACCGUCCGCACUCUGAUCGCCAAUAAGUGCAGUGCUAGAGUAAAAGAUGUUCGGGGCCAACUAGCUUUGCAUCGAGCGGCAGCUGUCGGGUCUGUGCCAAUAAUGAAGACUCUUUUGGACGAGGGGAAAAGCCCCAUCAAUGCGACAGAUGGUGAUGGGCUGACGGCGUUGCACCACGCCAUCUCUGAGGGCCACGGUGAUGCAGCAAUUUUGCUGCUGAAGGCUGGCGCAGAAGCAGAGAAGCGAGACAAUGAUGGUCGUUUGGCGAUCGACCUGGUUCCAGAUCCCAAGGUCAAGCAGUACAUCCUGCAAACAGCAGAAAGAGAAGGCAUUGAGCUUCCGUGA